CUCUCCUGAUUACUUAUUGCAGCUCUCUCACACUCGGGGGUCUUUCUCACCCUCGGUCUCUCCAUUUCUCUAACUCUAGGGCUCGAUCUCGACUCUCGGGCGCGCUCUCGGAUCUCAACAUCUUUCUUACUUUCGGGAUUCAGCAAACACACAUUUUUGUUAAUAAUCGAUGAAGAAGUUUAAUGAAUACGCCACGAUCUCUGAGAGUCCAGUUGUUAAGGAGGAGUCACAAGAUGGAGUUUUGGCUGAAUAAGCACCCUUCAGCGCUAGAGUAUUUUCCUGAUAUCUUGAGGUCGUCAAAAGGGAAACGAUUUGUUAUAUUUCUUGAUUACGACAGAACACUUUCACCUAUUGUAAAUGACCCUGACCGGGCAUUCAUGUCCGAGGAAAUGCGUUUGGCUGUGAGAGAAGUUGCUAAACGGUUCCCAACUGCCAUUAUUAGUGGGAGGAGUCGACAUAAAGUGUCUAACUUUGUUAAGAUAGAUAGCAUAUAUUAUGCGGGAAGUCAUGGCAUGGACAUUAUAGGUCCACCCAUGAGUAAUAAUUCUUACAAUGAAAAAUAUAUAUCGGAUAUAGCUGAUGAUAAGGGAAAUCAAUAUAUAAUUUUUCGACCAGCAGAAGAAUUUCUUCCGGACAUUAAAGCUAUAAAAGCUGAAAUGGAGGAGGGGAUCAGUGAUAUCCCCGGUUCAUUGAUAGAAGACAAUAGAUAUUGUCUUUCUAUCCACUAUCGACACGUGCAGGAACAGGACCUUAGCACUCUACAAGAAAGAGUGCAACUAAUAUUAAAAAAUUGGCCAAAGUUUCAGAAGACGGAGGGAAAAAAAGUAACCGAGAUUAGGCCCUCCAUAAAGUGGGAUAAGGGCGACGCCCUUAAAUACUUAUUGGAGACUUUUAAGGUCAUCUCCAACUCCGACGAAGAACUUGUCCCAAUAUACAUCGGAGAUGACCGAACCGAUGAAGAUGCUUUCAAGGUUUUAAUAAGCAUGAACUGUGGGUUUCCCAUAGUAGUUACUUCAAAGGCUAAGGAGACCCUCGCUUUGUACUCCCUUAGAGAUCCUCAAGAAGUAUUUCAUUUUCUUUCUAGACUAGCUACAUGUAAUAACAGAGAUUUACCAAGUUCUUCGGUAGACUCCACUACGGGUUAGUGUAGGUA